AUGCCCAGCUGGCUCACCUCGUUCCAAUCACUACUGGGAGAUACGAGGGAAAUCGAGUGUUGGGAGACAGGGGAGUGCAGGAUGCUGAAUGAGAUAAAGUUGCCAAUAGAGGACCUUUGCAGCCUGGCAUCGCGAUCCAUCACUGUCCCUCUUACAGCUGCAGUUCCUGAAUCCACUGAAGAUAUUCUUCUCAAAGGCUUUACUGCCUUAAACAUGGAAAAUGAGAAAAUCGAAACUGCUCAGCAGUUCUAUACCUGGUUCUCUAAGAUACAGGCACGGAUGGAUCAGGACGAAGGAACAAAAUACAGAGAAAUGAGGGAUUAUCUAUAUGGCUUUCAGGAGCAAUGUGACGCAAUCUUGAAUGAUGUCAACACAGCCUUGCUACACUUGGAGUCUUUGCAGAAACAGUACCUUUUUGUGUCCACCAAGACAGGAACACUACAUGAGGCUUGUGAGCAGCUCCUGCGGGAACAGUCGGAGCUGGUUGAUCUCGCAGAGAGUAUUCAGCAGAAGCUUUCAUAUUUCAAUGAAUUAGAAAAUAUAAACGCAAAAUUGAAUUCGCCCACGUUAUCUGUGAAUAGUGAAGGAUUUAUACCUACACUGGCCAAGUUAGAUGACUGUAUAACCUAUGUGUCAUCGCAUCCUGGCUUCAGAGAUUAUCCUGUUUAUUUAGCAAAGUUUAAACAAUGCCUAUCCAAAGCUAUGCACCUAAUGAAGACUUACACUGUGAAUACGCUUCAGAACCUCGCCACUCAGUUAACAAAAAGGGACCCCUCAGUUAUGUCUAACACCGAUAAUGCCUUUACAUUAUUCUAUGUGAAGUUCAGAGCAGCAGCUCCAAAAGUGCGGUGUCUAAUUGAGCAGAUAGAACAAAGGACUGAAAAAAGCUCUGAGUAUCAACAGCUACUAAGCGAGAUCCAUCAGUGCUACUUAGAUCAGAGGGAGCUUCUUCUAGGCCCAAGCAUCUCCUCCACUAUUGCUGACCUGACCAGCCAAAAUAACAAGGAUCACUGUGCUCUGGUUCGAAGUGGUUGUGCUUUUCUGGUUCGUGUUUGUCAAGAUGAACAUCGGCUAUACAAUGAGUUUUUUACGAAGCCAACUCCCAAACUGGAUGAGCUGCUGGAGAAGCUGUGCCUGUCAUGGUAUGAUGUGUUUCGACCACUCAUCAUCCACGUCAACCACCUGGAGACCUUGUCGGAGCUGUGUGGAAUUCUGAAAAAUGAGAUGUUGGAGGAUCAUGUGCAGAACAAUGUGGAGCAGCUGGGUGCCUUUUCUGCAGUGGCCAAACAAAUGCUGGAAGAUGUACAAGAGCGUCUAGUCUAUAGGACACACAUCUACAUUCAGACGGAUAUUGUGGGCUAUAAGCCUGCACCUGGAGAUCUGGCAUACCCUGACAAACUGGAAAUGAUGGAGCAAAUUGCACAGAGUCUGAAAGAUGAACAAACAAAGUUGCCUGUGGCUGAUUCGUCUUUUGCAGACGUUCAACUAGAAGAUCCUGAUUCUAAAAAUGUCAUCAAAUCAGGUAACACAGAAGUUCUGAAUCCUCGGCCACAAUCAACAAUUUCCCCUGCGGAUUUGCACGGAAUGUGGUACCCGACAGUGCGCAGAACGCUGGUCUGUCUCUCAAAGCUUUACAGAUGCAUAGAUCGGGCAGUGUUUCAGGGUCUGUCGCAGGAAGCCUUGUCUGCUUGUAUCCACUCAUUACUUGGGGCUGCUGAUUCGAUCAUUAAAAACAAGACUCAGACAGAUGGACAACUCUUCCUUAUCAAGCAUCUCUUGAUCCUUCGGGAACAGAUUGCUCCUUUCCACACUGACUUUGCCAUUAAGGAGAUUUCCCUGGACCUUAAAAAGACUAGAGGUACUGCUUUGUGCUGGCUGCUAGAGUUGGGUGGUUCAAUCCUUCCCAUCUUUAACUAUUCAGCACAUCUCCAGGUUUAUUCUAUGUUCACUUGCAAUGUCCUGCAUGUAUACCUUUCACUAACUACUUCUGCUUCUCUGUGUUACUCUGUAUUUAAAACAGCCCUGAUUGAGUCGACUGACUUCUUUCUACAUGUAAUAACUCUCAAGUUAAAUGGACAGAUGCCAUGGUCUUAUGUUGAAUUUAAAAAUUAUUUCUUCAACACAGUGCACAUGUUGUUGAAUAUCCAUGGUUAUGCCAUCUCGAGUAACAUUCAACAGACAUUCCAAAAGCUGCAUGGAGUAUUACAGGAGGAUUUUAGUGGUGAGGAUCUGCAGAUUAUAGCUUGCCCCUCCAUGGACCAGAUAAAUCUGCUAUUGUCUGCUUCCAACUAGAGUCACUGUCACUCAGAGGAGAGAGAAAAUGGGUUCAUGUUCAGCACUUAAAACUGGACGUCAACUAGACAAGGGAAGAGCACUGAGUGAGUUGGAAGGUAUUUGGAAUGAAAUUCUUUGGCUGACGAGAGGCUCGGGGAAUACUGACUCUUAAUUUUAGCUGCUGCAGAACGUCCCUGUCUAAAGGCUUAUGGCUGUUUGCUGAAGAAUUUGACCGUAACAUGAGGUACUGCCUCAAAGCUACAGUCUGGUCUUAAACUGAGACACCUGUUUGCAAUUCAGAUAGAAUGUGACCUGAGCUAUUGUCAAAAAGAAACCUACCUGCCUACCAAAGACUGUGCUUCAUCACUGAAGAGGCUGGGUUACCUGAAGUAGUUGCUCAUUUCAUGAAGCCUAAGGGUUUUUUUUUGUUUGUCUAUACGUGUUUGCAUAUUUUCUAUCAUGGUGUGGGAUUGUACAUUAAACAGAGGGAAUGUGAUUGAAAUUAGUACGGAAAUGUCGGUGUCGGUUGCAAAGGUUAUGUUAAUGUUGAUGUGAUAUUAAAGGGAGCAUUGAAGAGGUGGGUGCUGGAGCAAAAUUUAGUGACGACUCUUUGCGUGUUGGUAUUGUGCAUCCUGAAGUGUCUGCUUUUUUAACCCCGCGGUUGUUAAUCUUAGGAGAUGGGGCCCCUCCCAUUUCAGAGAUACAGUGUCCGUCACAGUUAUAACAGAUGUAGUGUCAGGCUCUUUCUACUACAUCACCGUACUAUCCUUCAGCUGCUCAACCACAGAAGUGGUGCUCUACUCUGACCUGUUCCAUUGCCAGCUUUUAGGAUUAUGGUUAUCGCCAGCUAAUGUCAAAUUAACAACUGGAUUGAGACUGCACAAGUUCAUAUUGCUUACUCUCUAGAGUAAAGAGGAGAUCCUUAUCAGGCUGAGCUGUGGUUUAGCCCUGAUCCCAAGGGUGAAAGAUUAGAGUCUCAACAUGAUGUAAGUUCCUUAUCAACCGUUUUCUCCUUCGCUCCACAGGGAUCUUAUGAUUGAGGUGAAGUGGGAGCAUUGUUUAUGCAUCAUGGCCUCAGUCCAGCUCAUAUAUAGGUCACCGAUGGGUUUUUCUGUCCUCAAACGUUUCUGUUUUAGCUGUUUUGCCCCAGUUCAUUGUAAGCUAAUUGCUUUGUGUCCUAGCCUGGAGCCAAUCGGGAAACUAUAGUCUGCUCUGCUAUCUGUGCACCUAUCCACCUGAUUGCUGAAAUAUUUGCAGUGUGAGUCACAGUUACAUACACAAGUUGUAACUGUACUGUAGAUUGACUCAUGGAUAACUUUAUGUGGUGCUUUUCAUUAGCAAUGAAUUGUAUUUAUGAAUCACACUCCCAGAUGCAAAGGUUUGCGUUGUAAUUGUACAAAUGAAGCCAGUCUUGUGUCUCAUGUCUCAAGUCUCAAGCUUCGUCAAAGUUGUACAUUCGAGAUCUCCUGAUGGAUGAUUCAACAUUAUCUGAUUUAAUGUUAACCAUUCAAGAACAGUCUGUUAAGCGAACAUUGGUAAAUUUAGAAUAAGGUCCCUCUAUUUGAUGAAGCAAUGUAUGACCCUGACCACUGCUGUAAGUUGCAAUGUGAUUUGUCUGAGGAUUUUAUUGCACCGCGAUAAAGUUUAAGUUAAUAAACACAACAACAAAGAUGAAACCCAAACUACUGAUCCUGAAAUCAAUGCAUCAAGUUAGUUUGCAGUCUAUCACUGAAAGAAGCAGAAGUUUUGUUUAUCCAUUUCUCUUUGUGUGUUUUAAAUCUUGAGCUCCACUGUUAAUUGGGUCAGUUUUCGGCACAAGUGUACAAGGAGUCAUUUGUCAGUCUUUAACUGUUGUGUCUCCUGCCUGGACAAAUGCUUAUCAUCUAAGAUAUUUGAUUGGAAGUGAUAAAAUCAUGGUGAUGGUGUUGUGUGUGAGAGAGUUGAGAUCAUAGCUGAGAGCCAGCUUUAGUGAAAUUCACGUGCUUUGGAAUUGAAGUAUUUGCUUUACAAUAGAGGUCUUCACUGUACAACUCCCCAUAUCCUCAGUGAGUAAACCUGCGUGAUCUGCAGGGAGCAGGAACUUCCAGGUGUUGGUAUUUGCUGAGUUAGCUAAUCUAAGGGAAGGUGGUCAGCGAGUAAAGUGAUGAGCUUCUCCUCCUCCUGAGUGAGUAUAUUCGGGAAUGAUAACAGAGGACCAGAACCCUAUGCUAACAUGUAGUGGGAAACGUAAAACGUCCCGAACCAAUUUAAAUUCAGUAGUGAUCUUUUUCAGAUAUUGUUCAGUUUGGGAGUGAGAGUAGAUAUUCUGUGGGGUUAAAAUUCUAAACAUGUUUUACUUUGGGGUCCAUAACAUUUUCAAGUUCCGUUAAUGUCUGUUCCAACAAACAGAUUUGUGCUAAAACAGCCUGAUGUUGUGUAACACGAAUGUAUAUGUUGUGAAAUAACAAUGAUUUUCUCUAUAAAAUAACAGGGGGAAAUGCACGAUGUACAUAGUUAGUUUCCUUGUAUGUAAUUAAAUGACAUUUUACUACAGUGUAUAUAAUGGGGCCAGGGAGGCAUCGAUACAUUUACUAUGGAAGAUAUAUCUGCAUUUUAUAUUUUAGAAGUGUUUUUUUUUUUAAAAUUUGACUCCUAGUUGAUGCAUUCAGUAGUCUAUUCCAGAGACGGUUAGCGACAGUUAAAGCAAUCAAAUUUAUUGAUUCUUAUUACAUUAUUUUGGUUUUGCUGAAGUGUUUUAAAGGGUUUACAUAUGUAAAUUGUAUAUAACGAGAAUAAUAAUAUAAACAUGCUUGCCUCCCCAUUUUCUCAGUGCAAUCUGAUAGUUUUAAUAAAAUGUUUUCAAAUAAA